AUGAGAGAGAGCGAAACCGAAACCAAAAACCGAUUGGGAGAUCGAAACCUUUCCGAUCCAAACAUUACGUCCACAUUUUCCGACACCGAUGAAGACUUCGGCAGCCACCAUAGCGACUUUUCCGACUACGACCCCCAUUGUGCAAGCAUCCAAGGCUCCCCGGUAAUGAUGUCACCCUGGAACCAAGCCACCCCUUUCCAACCAUCUCCAUGGACCAGUGCUAGCCUCAACGACCCCAAUUGUCCCAAAAACUGUCUCAUCGGCUCCUUGGUUCGGGAAGAAGGCCACAUUUAUUCGCUGGCCGCUUCCGGUGACCUCCUUUACACCGGAUCCGACAGCAAGAACAUCCGGGUCUGGAAGAACAUGACCGAAUUCUCCGCUUUCAAAUCCAGCAGCGGAUUGGUGAAGGCCAUUAUAAUAUCGGGUCACAAGAUUUUUACCGGACAUCAAGAUGGAAAGGUUCGAGUUUGGAAACCGAGUUCCAAGAAACCGCGCCAUUACAUGCGCGUAGGUACAUUCCCACGAUUUCUCGCCAUCUUCAGGUGUUCGAUGAGGCCCAAGACUUACGGCGAGGGGAAAAGCAAACACACAUCGCUUUGGGUCAAGCAUUGCGACGCCAUCUCGUGCCUUAGCAUGAACGAAGAAGCCGGAUUGCUUUAUUCGAGCUCGUGGGAUCGGACGUUUAAGGUUUGGAAAACGUCGAACUCGAGAUGUUUAGAAUCUGUAAAGGCACACAAUGAUGCGGUGAACUCCGUUAUCUCGACCACAGAAGGGUUUGUGUUGACAGGAUCCGCAGAUGGAUCCGUGAAGGUCUGGAAACGCGAAGGCCAGGGGAAGUCGAUGAAACAUAUUUACGUUCAGACUUUAUUGAAUCAAGAUAGUGCCGUGACUGCGUUGGCGGUGUCGACAACCGGUGCCUUCGUGUACUGCGGGACGUCCGACGGGAUCGUGAACUUCUGGGAGCGAAGAAAGCAGCAACUGGCUCACGCCGGUGUUCUCAACGGCCACAAGUUGGCGGUUCUGUGUUUGUCGGCGGUGGGUAAUCUGGUGUUUAGUGGAUCGGCUGAUAAGAUGAUAUGUGUAUGGAAGAGGGAGGGAAUCACACACACAUGCUUGUCGAUGCUGACGGGACAUUCGGGACCGGUGAAGUGUUUGGCGGUGGAGAGGGAUGGUGAAGAGUCGAGCAGUGGUGCGGGCGCCGGCGCCGGCGAGGGGAAAUGGAAGGUUUAUAGUGGGAGUUUGGAUAAGUCGGUGAAAGUUUGGAGUGUAUCGGAGCAGGCACCAGAUAUGCAGCAGAUGGCUUUGAUGCAGAAUGGAAAUGUGUCGUUGGAUGAUAUACCGUCGGCCAAAUAUUGA